CUCGCUUCCACACACCCCACCCUCCACGCACGCACGCACACCGCUGUACACCAUGUCCGACUCGGAGGAGCGCCAGCACUGGCGCGACGUUGUGCGCUCGUUUGACGGGUACAUGCAGUACCACCUGUCGGCCAACAAUGCCCGCCGGAUGGCUUUUCUGCAGCUGCCGCGUGACGCGCGCUCGGCGUUCGAGAAGAUCGGGUAUAGGGACAAGCUGGAUGCGGUGGACGAGGGGAUUCGGCGCAACGCCGAGUUUGUCGACCUCGUCAUCCAGGACCCCGUGUUCGCCGACAUGCUGCUAGACGACAGCGCACCGCACGCGCACUCGCACGACAUUGGUCCCCAUGCCGCCGAGCACGCCGGGCAUGGGCACUCGCACGACCACGGGCACGCCCACGGCCACGGGCAUGGCCACUCGCACUCGGCGCCAGCGGCGUCCACGCCCAAGCCGACGCAGGCGGAGCGCGACCUCAGCCAGGACAAGGUGCGCUCCACGCUGCGCUCGUUCGCGCGCGACUGGAGCGUCGAGGGCGCGGCUGAGCGCGCGGCGGCGUACGACCCCAUCCUGCGCGCCCUCGAGGCGUACUACCCGCCCGAGAAGCGCGAGGGCGUCAAGGUCCUCGUGCCCGGCUGCGGGCUGGGCAGGCUGGCCAUGGAGAUUGCCGCGCUGGGGUUCGAGAGCCAGGGUAACGAGUUUAGCACGUUCAUGUUGAUUGCAAGCAACUUUGUGCUCAACCAGUCAACCCACCCCAACGCGCACGUCCUCUUCCCGUGGCUGCACUCGUUCAGCAACCACCUCACGACGGGGGACAACCUCCUGCGCUCGGUGCUCAUCCCCGACGUGGUGCCGGCCGACAUUUUGGCGGGCAGGCCAGAGGGCGCGUUCUCGCUCGUCGCGGGCGACUUUGAGGAGGUGUACGGCCCGCAGCACUGGCGCGAGGGCGCCGGCGGCGGAAGCGACGAGGCGAACAACGCCGACCAGCGCGGGCGGUGGGGCGCCGUCGUGACGUGCUUCUUUAUCGACACGGCGCGUAACGUGCUCAACUACCUCCGCAUCAUCCACACCAUCCUCGCUAACGGCGGCGUGUGGAUCAACCUCGGCCCGCUGCUGUGGCAUUUCGAGAACUCGCCCACGCCCUCGGCCAAGGGCGAGGUCGGGAGCAUUGAGCUCUCGCUCGACGAGGUCAAGGAGCUCGCGCGCAUGGUCGGCUUUGAGAUCAAGGAGGAGAAGAUGGUCCGGUCGACGUACACUGGCGUGCCGGACAGCAUGCUCGAGCAUGUGUACAACUGCGCAUUCUGGACCGCCACAAAGCUGCCCAAGACGGCAGCGUAGACACAAAGUAGAACCAAGCAUAGCCCCCUACACGCUAGACACAUUUGACAUCACAUGCGCCUCAAUAUGUAUGUUGAAACAGUCGUUGUCGUCGCGUCGUCGUCGUCGUCGUCGCCGUCGCCGUUCCCAAAAGAUCACAGAGGUAUAAAUCUAACCUGAUACGCGGACAAAUAUGUAGUUGAAACAGUGCGGCUGAAGUGGAAGUGGCUUCGCCUGGUAGUCUUUUCGUCUUCACCGCCUAGUAGCCGUCUUCACCAUUUAGUAGCCCAGGAUGAAGUUGGUGGCGGCAAGCCAGGCCCAGACGACGGCGCCGCUGAGAAUCGGCAGGGUGAGGUUGUCGUCAAAGCCGAGGUCGAGGGCCUCGACGACGGCGCCGCCGAGGCCGACGACGACGCCGGUGGCGAUGAGGCCGAGGACGCCACCGUCAAUGAUGGCCCAGGUUCCCUUCUCCCAGUGGUAGAAGACGCCGAUGCCAAAGCCAGUGACGGCGGCGGCGAGGAAGCCGGCGAGCGACUUGCGCGGCGCAAACGGCAGCCACUUGAUGCCGGGGAAGUGGGGCGGCAGGGGCGGCGUGUACUUGCCCCAGAGGCGGCCGAUAGUCGAAGCGGUAGUGUCGGACCACGAGAGGGUCAGGAUCGACACGACGGCCACAUCGCGCGGGUACAGCGCGAGCACGAAGAUGACGCCGACGAGGUACCACACUGUGCCGUUGAUCUUGUCGCGCUCCGACUCGCGCAUGAGGAAGCCGACGGUCGCCUCCCACGCCUCGGCGAACGCGGGGAUGUUGAGGCGCAGCGCGUCGUUGGCGCUGAUGAAGGCGAGCAGGGCAGUGAGCACCUUGAUCAAGGGGCCGAGCGUCGGAGGGUCGAGGUACUUGAGGUAGAGCGUGACGAAGCCUGCCGGGGGGGUUUGCGUUAGCGUGGGCGAGCAGUGGUGCGACAGAUCACACGACCAGGCCGUCGGCAUCGGCUGCGCAG